CGCGCUCGCGCGGCCCGUCGCCGUCCGUCCCCCGGCCACCGGGAAACUUUGCCCCGGUCCAAGUCGCGCCCAGCAACGACUUCCAUGUCCCGUCCCAGCGGGGGUAGCUAGAGAGAGCGAAUCCCAAUGGGAGGCGGAGGAGACGAGACUAGCGGCGCAGUAGUCAACUCUGGCCUUGACCGUCCGCCUCCAACCGCGCGGCGCACGCAUCAGGGCCGUUCAUCUGUCCUCCGUCGGGCGCACGGACGGUCAGCCAGUCAGCCGGGGCUCAGCCGACGGAGACGGGCUGGACUGCUGCCUCUCCGUUCAACCCAGCGUGCCCCGGACGGCCAGACAGCCAACGGGGAAAGCCCGCUCCCACCCUUCCACUCCCGUCCCGUCUCCAGCCUCAACAAGGGUAUUUCCGUCCCAAAUCCACGUAUAAGUAACCGCGCUCGCCGGAUUCCCGCGCGCCCCGGACAGGCGGACACCAAGCCAAACCUCCCGCGAAGCCGCAGCUCAGCUCGCCGAGCGCUCGACCGCCGCCGACCAUGGGCGCCGGCGACGGCAACGGCACGGGCCCCAAGGCGCACGACGAGACGACCCCGUGCGGCGAAGUUCCCGUCACUGACCAUGUGUUCAACACCUCUGACGCGAAGCAGCCGUAUGGCCCUGCCUCGCGGUCGCAGCAGGUGAGCAACCCGGCGAACUACGCCGUCGCGGGCAAGCUCCUGCUCGCCACGGCGGGGGCGUUCGCGGGCGUGCUCCUGGCGCUCGUCGUGCUGCACCUCUACAGCACCUCCCGCCGCCGCCGCCUCGCCGGCGGCCGCCAGCGCCGCCUGCUCCGGAGCCUGGCCAUCGCCGGCGGCGGCGACGACCACGACGGCUCCGCGCCCUCCCCGCGCGGGCUCGAACCCGCGGUGCUCGCCGCGAUACCCGUGGUCGCGGUCGGCGCGGGCGCGGGCGGGGACUGCGCGGUCUGCCUGGCCGAGCUCGAACCCGGGGAGAAGGCCCGCGCGCUGCCUCGGUGCGGCCACCGCUUCCACGUCGAGUGCAUCGACGCCUGGUUCCGCGGCAACGCCACGUGCCCGCUCUGCCGCGCCGACGUCGUCGUCGGGCCGCCGGCCGCCGCCGCGCCGUCCGCGCCCACCGAGGACGGGGCGCCGCCGGAGGUGCGCAUCGACGUGGACGGGGGCGCCGCGGCCAAUGCUCCGGUGGCGCCGGCGAUGGCGAGGCUGCCGAGCGCCACGGAUCGUGGCAAGGCGAGGCAGGUCUUCGCUUCCGCCCGCUUCGCCGCUUCCUUCUGACAGGCUUCGAUCGGCUGCUCAGCUCGCACAGGGACUUCGGAAGCUUCCUCUGUUGUUCCUACACGGAGCUGCUUCACAUUACUCUACUGUACAUAGAUUUGUCCGUGAGAUGCUGGGUUUGCCAUGAUUUGUUGUACGAUUCCGAUUUUGGCAGAUGAAUACAUUUUUUUUGGAUCUUGACU